GGGGCGGGCCGGGGCGGGGCUCGGCUCCCGGGGCCGCCUCACGCCGGGGCGGGCGGAGCAGCGCGGCGGCGGCGGCGGCAGCAUGGCAGCGCCCGGCGGGCCGCGGGCCCGGGCAGAUACAGAGUGUAUUUUGGAGCCUCUGUCUCUGCCAGAAAGUCCAGCUGGUGUUGCUGCAGUAGAAAGUUCUCCCUAUGUGCCUUGUAUUUUCUGCAAAGAAUGCUAUCUCUUAGCAGAACAAAACCAGCUCCUGAAGCACAUGAUUAUUGAACACAAGCUUGUCAUAGCAGAUGUGAAACUGGUUGCAGAUUUUAGAAGAUACAUCUUGUACUGGAAGAAGAGGUUUGCAGAACAGCCCAUCACAGACUUUUGUAGUGUGAUAAGAACAAAUUCAGAAGCCCCGUUAGAAGAACAGGACAAUUAUUUUCUUCUAUGUGAUGUUUUACCAGAAGACAGAUUACUUAGAGAACAGCUUCAGCAAAAGAGACUGAGAGAAAUUCUAGAACAGCAACAGCAAGAGAGAUACGACAUGAGUUUUCAUAGUAUGUGUAUGUUCUGUGAUCAAGAAUUCACAGGAAACAGAUCUGUCCUUCUCAAUCAUAUGGCAAAAGAGCAUUCUUUUAACAUUGGGCUGCCAGACAACAUUGUGAAUUGCUAUGAGUUUUUGGCUGUAUUACAGAAGAAGCUCGACAAUUUGCAGUGCUUAUACUGUGAAAAAGUCUUCAGAGACAAAAACACACUUAAAGACCACAUGAGGAAGAAGCAGCAUCGCAGAAUCAAUGCCAAAAACAAAGAAUACGACAAAUUUUAUAUGAUUAAUUACUUGGAAUUUGGAAAGUCCUGGGAGGAAGUGCAGUCAGAGGAUGAUCGGGAAUUACUAGACAACCCAGAAGAAGACUGGUCUGACUGGGAAGAGCAUCCUGUGUGUGCAGUUUGCCUGUUCUGUGAAGAACAAGCAGACACCACAGAAAAAUUGCACCUUCACAUGCAGAAAUCACAUGGAUUUGACUUUCCUAAAAUAAAGUCAGAGCAUGGUCUGAACUUUUAUCAGCAAGUAAAGCUAGUGAACUUCAUCAGAAGAGAAAUCCACCAUUGCCGUUGUUACAACUGCCAGGAGAAAUUUCAGUCUAAAGGAGGAUUGAUAAGUCAUAUGGAAGGGACCAAACACAUUACAUCCCUGCCAUCCAGGUCUACAUGGGAUCAACCACAGUAUUAUUUUCCUACCUAUGAAAAUGACACACUCCUGUGUACACUGUCGGACAGUGAAGAUCUGGUAACUGAAGAUCAAAGUGAAGAUAUCCCUGUUGUCAGAAUCCGAGUUCUAUUUUAAGGGCAUCUUGUGAAAGGCACGAACAAUUGAGACAAUGUGUCUUGAUAUAUGAGCCAGUGAGUGAAUCUUCUAUGUAUUGUUGCUGUUAGCAUACAGAAGAGUCUGAAUUUAAUUCUUGGUCUGUUACAUAAAGUAAAUUUCACUAUUUUUAACCUUAGUCCUUUUUCAAAGUGAAAACAGGUCUGUAUAUCUCUUUUAUUUGUCAUCAGUAUGUAAGAUAUAUGGUGCCUGUUCUGAAAACUGGCUCAGAAACACCGGUAAAGCCCAUGGAUAUCUGGCUGCAUGGAAGGCUGCCAAUUCAAAGCCUAAAAAAGCAUAGGAACAAUUGCUAUCUCGGUUGCAUCAAAGAUCCAAGGAAUUUAAAGUCGGCUUCUUGUAUGGUCAUAAACUGAGAUGCAAAAGAAAUUACAUAGGGGAUUGCAGACACAUAAAUCCAAAUUAAAUCCUUGAAAUCUCAACUGUCUAUU